AUGGUCAUUGUUUUCUUUACUGUUGUAUUCAAAACGUUUUCAGAGGCUAAUUCUCUUCCACAUCUCUGCAUCUACAUGGCUGCUGGUGAUUUUACUCUCAUACGAGAUCUCGAUGUCUUGAAGGACAUCUUCACAAUGAAGCUUCGUGUUAUCAGAUUAUGGACACUUGACAAUUACUACAACAAAAAUGAACUUUUCUCUAUUGAACUUAUUCUAAUGGGCGAAGAGGGUAACAAAAUCCAAGGUUACGUCCCUAAAGCUUACAUUUACAAGUUCAAAAAACUUCUAAAAGAAGGUGAAGCUUUUAUCAUCAAAUCUCCAAAUUUAGCAAAGAUGCAGGAAAGAAGCUUUCAACUUACCAAUCAACUACAAAAGCUUGCUUUGAAUCUGGACAGUAUUGUUACUCCGUGUGACAAUUUUUCGGGAUCAGUAAAUGGCUUUGAUUUUGUUGAAUAUCGGGCGAUUAUCGAUGGCACUGUUCCAGAUAAUAUGUCAUUGGAUGUUAUCGGAUUGGUAGUAGUAGUUGGGGAAAUAGAUGCUCGAAAUGCAGAUCGAAAAAGGCAUAGGAUCAGAAUACAAAUCCAAAAUGCCAGUGGUUUGCAAUUGGAUGUUAACCUAUGGGGCGAUUAUGGUUACACAUUCUUACAUUAUAUCCAAAAGAAUCCAAACAAUGUCCGCAUCGUCAUAAUCCUUCAAUUUGCAAAGAUUAGUGUUUGGCAAUAUCGCCGAUCCGUCAAUACGUACUAUGAUGUAUCGAAGUUCAUCAUCAAUAGUGACAUUGAUGACAUAAAUGUUUUCAAAAAAAGUUUGGAUCAAGAUGGUCCCCAUGAAAACUCAAAGAGUACGUUCACCUAUAUGAAAUCUAAUCGAAGUUCUGAAAAUGAUGAUUUCCUGCUUAAUAAUGAUCUGAAAACAAUUGCUGACAUUUUCGAGCCACUUGAGGAAAAAAAAUAUGUUAUUGUUGCGACAAUUAAAGGAAUUCUUCAAAAUAAAGAUUGGUAUUACCCAGCAUGUACAAACUGCAAUACCAGGGCAUUUUCAGACACGCCUUCUAAUGAAGCCAAUGUCAUCGGAUCAUUUCAACACGCAAAAUAUGAAUGUCGAAAUCCAAAAUGCACAAAACUGUUCAUGAUUCUGGUUCGUGUUCAAGAUCAUACUGGAAGUAUCACUCUAACAAUGUUUGAACAAGACGCGAAGAAGCUUCUUAAAAUUUCUGUGAAAGAUUUAAUUGCAAAGACAGCUCGGCUUGGUUUUGGUACUGGCUUAUACCCCUCUGAAAUUAAUGUCUUGAAAGAUAUGAAAUUAGCUUUCAUAGUUUCUAUCUCAAAAUACAAUCUUGAAAGGAACAACAAUCAAUAUAGUAUUUUGAGGAGUAGUGAUGAUGACAACUUGAUACAAUAUUUGGAAAAAAACUUUGUCGUUUUAGAGGGAUGUAAUUCACAAUCGUUUGAUGUUGGUACCAGUGAUUAUGAAUCUCAAGAUAACAAGAGUAUAAAGGAUGCCAUAUCUCAGACUGAUGAUAAUGUUACACUGACCAAUGUUUUCAAAUCGACAGCCACAAGUCCAAAAAAGAAAUUUGACACAUCAAAGGGUUUGAAGCGAGCUCUUGAGGACGUAUUUGUUUUGGAUGUGAACGACAAGUUGUCGUCAUCAAAGGCUACAAAAGUUGGAGGGGAAGAUGGACAGGUGAAAUUUUUGAAGGUGAAGUUGGAAAAGUGA